AUGGCGCGAGGUGGUGCUCGGGCCGCGGGGCAGCUUCUGCGGCGUCUGUGGAGAGCUCGCCAGCCGACCUUCUCGGCUUCCUCUUUCAGCUCCUCGUCUUCCUCCACCUUCCUCUUGAGCCGUCGGACGCCUAGCUUCUCGCCCUUCCCUCAUGCGUUCCUCGGCGUGUUGUCCGUGUCCGCGCUGGGCUUUCUGGAUUGGGCGCAUGCAGACGCCGGCGAGGUCCCGGCCAUAGUCUUUUAUGUCUUCCUUUUCUUUCCCUGGCCAAUUUACUUGGAAUGUGUGGAGUAAAUUCGAACCGAUGUUUUCCAUGUAUCAGGGAGACGGGAAUCGGGAAAUCCCUAUCGCGUCGAGCCCAACGUCCGAUUCGGACGAGAUGGACAGGCUUGUCCGUAUGGAGAGGCAGAGACUGGAGGAGUUGCUAAAGACCAGUGAGAUGCAGAGGGGGACUUACCCGGCCUUUGCCGUCUCAGCUAGGGGUCAGAAGGUCUGGUUUAUUCUUCAUGAUCAAUUUAUUUCGAUGCUUACGGAUUUCCCUCUGAAUUCCUAUCUUGUUUUGUUAUCUCGGAAUUCAGUCGCAUUUCAGCUCUUUACGUUAUGAGCUGAAGGUUUUCCGUAAAGACUUGCUGCUUCCAUCAGUUGCAGACGUUUUCCUAUCAUUUUCCUUUUGCCUUCCGAAGCACACCAGAAAUAGAUUCCUUUAUUGAUAAACCGGUGACCACAGCCUUUGACGAUCUGUACACUCAAAUCCUUUCUUGUCACAGUUCUCUAGGAUACGAAUGAUGGCCGUCCACUCGAGGACCAAAAAGGGAGAUAAGCUGCCGCAGCGAUUUCCGUGAGAAUCUUUAGUAGGCGCCUUUGGUUUUAGAGGCUUGUUAGGUUGUACCAAUGAAAGGACUUAUGGAUUGCAGCCUAACGAGGUUCGUAAUUAUAAAAUGUUUCAAAGAAGUGAGUUAAACUCGGUGCAUGGAGAAACAAGAAAAUCGUUGGUGAAAUCGGAGUCCCCCAGCCUUUGUCCACUCCUUGUCUUGGACAUCUUUAACAGAAGAGUUUUGACAAGCUCGUCUGGUGUGGAUGAUAACAUGUCUAGACACCACUAAUUUUUCUCCCUGCGCUUUAUAAGCUCAAAUAUUGCAAAUCUACGCACCAUUUUGACAAUCACCCCUUUAACGUGUGUAGCAGUUGCAGAUCUAUUAUGAUAUGAUCUUAUGUUAUCCUCAGGAGUAUUUGAAAAAUUCACUGACGGGGUUGCUACUGACAUCACUUAAUCUUCUAAAACAGUAUCAUUUGACCAUAACCAAGAAAAAUUUCACUACCCAUCAGCAGUACAUCUGUAGUUUGUAAAAUAUUUCUCCAUAACUUGGAGAUAUUAAAAGUAUUUUGUGGAUGUCAUAGUAUUCUGACGCUGUGCUUUUUCUGUCCGAUGAAUUCCACCAUGGUUCCCCUUCCGUUUCCGCAACAACUUUUCUGUUAGCACCAAAUUGAAAUCAUUGAUAUUGAUUAUUCCAAGAACACCAUUUUCUUCUAUUUUCACGCUCUCCUUUUGAUUUCGUGUUGUCCUCAUUACUUCCAUUCGUAAACAGUUUUCUUGGGAAAUGCCUCUAAUUUUACUGGCACGUUCUGUGGGAUUUCCAAUGAGCAGAAGUAUACAUUUUUGGGACAUAAAAUUUAUUUUUGAAGAGGAAUAUACCCGUGCUUGUGCCAUGCUAAAUGGAUUGGAAUAUUUAUGAUUAGCGAGGUAAAAGAAAAAUAGUUUGCAUUGAUGGUGAGGGAAGGGAGUUGCCUUUAAAGACGUUUAGAAUCAGCAUUAUCUUAAAUGAUAGAAUGGCAAUAGUAGUUAAUGAGAACAGAAGGUAAGAAAAGAGAAUAUCUUGUGCUAAAUUGGUACUCAUGUAUAACAUUUGGGAAUCGCUCAUCAGCAUUCUGCCUUCAUGUAUUCUAAUUUUUCUUCGGAUUGUUUAGUGCUUUAUUUAGUUUUGUUUGAUUACCAGAAUUAGUAGAUAUGUCUGGGAGUCUUUAAACUUAAAUCUAAUUUGCGCUAUAAACACAACAGAUUACUGUAAAGUUUCGGAUCCCUCCAUCAUGUGAGGUAUCACACUUGAUUGUAGAUCUUGUUUCCCAUCUUGGUCUGAAGGUUGAGCAACAUGGGGGUGGCUCAGAAAUGCUUGUGCGUGCUUGGGACAGGUAAUUAUGUCGGUUCAGCAUUAGUGAUUUACGCUGUCAUGCAUCACCUUCUAAAUUUGCUACUAUUUUUAUCAGUACUUUUCUGUCUGUUGACUAGGGAUGUUUUAUUCUAAGCACUAUUUUGUUUUUAGCAUCCUUUGUGUCAUAACCAAUAAAAUCGAAACGUAUGUGGCCUAUAUUUCUGUACUAUGCGUCUUUGUCAUUGGGGAAUGUGUCUGUCUAAGCAUAUUCUAAUUCUCUAAAUGGGAUAAUUCCGUAUGUAUUACCCUUCAAAGCUGAAGACUGGUGUUCGAAUGUGACGAGCAGCAAAGAGACUGAAUCUACGGUACCUCUCUUCUACAUAGCCUGGGAACUAAAUCGUAUAUCACAUGGAGCCUUUUGCUUUACAUUACAUAAACUAUUGUUUUGAUCAUCAGGGAAUAAAUUGCCUUCUGAUUUAUGGAAUGACAAUCAGAAGCAUCAACCGAUUAUUUUCCCAGUUCUUUUAUGGUAAUUACAUUUGUUACAGUCUUUAGUUCUGGGGCUGGGAUUAGUCUUUCUGUGCUUGGCGCCUGAUGGAUGUCUCAGGAGGAGAAGAAACUGUUGCUGUUGUCACCUCCGAAAUGGAAUAUUUAUAUUUAAUCUGUAGUUCAACUCCUUUAAAGUUGAGUAUGAUAAAUGAUUAGUAUAAGUAUGUUUCUGGUCUUAGUUCAAAGUUGAAAACUUGACAGUGGCAUGGAAAUGCCUGGUAUCCACGAUGUGUGAAAUCUUGAGAACGGAUCAGGAUGCAGAUUGGAAUGAUAAAAAAAGAAUUUAUAUUGUUUUCAUAUACGUGCAUAUGUACAUUUAUAUUUAGAUCUAAUAAAACUUGAAUGCCAACCAGGACUGGCAUAGAGGAUACACAAAUCUAAGAGUUUUCAAACAGAUGCCUUCCUAAUAUAAUAUAUAUGUUUAUGUAAGAAAACGCUUCUUUGAGUGGAUGUACUGAUUCCUGGAGAGUACGAUCAUCAACUAGGCAACUAGGUUCUGGAUGACAUGAUAUUCCAUUGUCUAGUUGAGCUGGUGUGAAAACCACUCAUCUUCUUCAGCAUAGUGCUUUAGUUGCCUUGGAAGCUAGUUUAAUAAAGUUACACUUAGACAUAAUAUUAUUAAGUAUAUUUUAGGAGCACGGUUUUCGUCUUGGAAAGCUUUAUACAGAAAAAAAAUAAAAAAAAUUAAUGUCUUUCCAAACGGAAAGUUAAAAUAGGUACAGCUUGUAUAUUGAAUUUCAAUGUUAUUUAUCUCAUCUUUAAACUGAUCAACCUGAUAUGAUCAAGUAUAACUGCUAGUUAUACCAGCACAAACCGAUUUUCGCCAUGCUAAAAUGAUCUCUUAAUGUAGGUUCUAGAAUUAGUUUUGAAAGCAUAGUAAUAGACUUUUUGAUGGUGCUCUAAGAAUAGAAAUUUUUAUUGCCAAUUUACAUUUUUUUUUUUAUUAUACGUUUGAAUAAUUCAUGAAUAUAAAUAGAAAAAUUAAAUGCAGUUAACAUUUAUAUAAUGUAUGAUGUAAUCACUUUGAGAUCACUAUUUCUUUUUUUAUCCUAGGCAAACUAGUCUUCACCUAGUUGUGAUUCCAUGUUCCCCAUAGUAGUGCCAUAAACCGCUCUCUUAAUCGCCUUAGUUGUUAUAAUAACUUUGUCGCAUCCAUACAUCAAACAUUUCGUAUGAGACUGUCACCUAGGCUGUUUUAUGAUCGUAAAAUUAAUUCAAAUCUGAUGCAAUAUGCUGCUGAGUAGGAUCCCAUUUUCAGCUGUGUUGGCUCGGUUUCAUGACCAAAUUCAAAGUGCACGGGGAACAGUUACAUAUAUCUGAUGCACUUCUCGGCUUUCUGGUCCAUCAGCCUUGAUGGUUACUAGAGCGGAGGGUUUUAGAGGUUCCAUAUGAAUGUUUGGAGCUAAUUGACGGAUCAUAAAUGAGGAACCUAAUAGCACUGCGAUGCAGAGUGACCUAUUAGAAAUCUGAACCUAAUAAUACUACGACACAAAGGGAUGAAUCAUAGAUGUGGAACCUAAAACUAGCAUGACACAGUGACAGAUGAGGAACCUAAUAAUAUCACUACCCAAACUAAUGCAUUCUAGAUAAGUCCUAAUAAAACCAUGGCAGAAACUGAUGCAUUAUACCCAUACUAUAAACUAUGGAGGAUCUAGUGCAGAUGAUGCCCAGUUUAAAUUGCUAAUGCUGGAAAUGAACUGCCACUUCCUCAAAUCACGAAGGAUGGAAAUCUAACUCACAAAAAGAUGAUUGCUAUAAGAUGUAAAUUGGCGUUGCAUAUGUCUUAGGCUCAUUUCAAUAAAUUAGGAAGCUAUACCGGUUGACUUCUGCGAAAGAAGUCUCUGGGGGAACUAUACAGGAAAAAAAGAUAGCAUUUCGAAAGAAAAUUCCCAUCUAGAACGCUUUUAGAAUGGUUUUUGUAGUCCAUCACCCAGUUGCAGUAAAACAUUAACAAAAAUCUUUAAUAAAACCAGGAAAGCCGAACAAAAGGCCAAGAUGGUCACAACAUCAUUAAGAAUGACAUGAGCCCAAAGAAGAAAGAAAGCAGUACAUCACAGGUUCGCUUGAUGUUCUUGAAAACCGUUCAACAACGAACCAUUUUUCAAAGUGAAAAGAUGAUUCUUUUACUCUUGUGGCUUUCUGCUCACCAACUUAACUUUGCGACUUUUUGGCAGAUCAUUUUCUGUUUGUGAUUUUCUUGAUUAGCUCCCUGAUUUGUUCAUGGGAACAGUCCAGGGCUUAUGCCAAUGUUUACGAUGAAGUCUUUCAAACUAGAAACAAAAGUUUCUGUAUCUUCAAAAUCCGCUGGCAUAUGAAACAUUAUGUACAUUGAAUACAAAAGUUUCAUAUGCGUUAUUUUCUCUUCCCAUUUUACAUUGCUUCAAUAAUUUUUCCCUAAGACUGGAGAAUCCUGCCAACUAAUGCUCACCAGCAGGUAAACGCACACCUGAGUCAACAGCAUGCUCUUGUAUUGAGGUAGAAUGUGAUUCGGAUAUACAGGACGAUUGAAGUCAUAUUCCUGGUUCAUCCACAUCCUCAUGCGCAAGUCAUCUUCCAGAUUUGGUUCUUCUUGCAUUACUGGAUAUGACAAGGCUUCUUGUCUCCUGUUAGUCUAUCUGAAUCGGAUCAAAGGCCUUCACGGAUCCACGAUGGGCUAUUUUCUUUUUCACACAUUUCUUGAAAAAAUUGAACUUCUCAGAACUCCCUCACAUGAUGUAUUUUGACGAUUUCUUCCAAAGUUCUGUCACUGGAUUCUCUGAAUCUCCAUUCACCCCUGAUGGGCAAUCCAUCCAUCAUGGACAUCGGAUCUGAUACAAACACUUGUCAAAUGACAGUUCACCGGUCCUCCACAUGUGAUUUCCAAUUUUUCUUUAUGAGUGAAAGAGAACUGAAAGAACAUGUUUUUAACUCAGAGACUGUCUGAUGAAUUAUUCACUCAAAACGACCGGUUCUACACAUUUAUAUGUGCUUAUACUUUCAGAAGUUAUGAAUGUUUAUCUUUUUCUGUCCGAAUGCGACGGUUUUUAUCAAUGUUUUGACUGUUUAGAUCCCCUGGACGAUGUGGCUUCAGUUUGUAUUUAACUUUGUUUGUCCACACGUUGUACUGUAGCGUUUCUUUCCACUGAGUUGUCUUAUCUGUCAAAUUUUUGAAUAACUGUGUAUGUUAUUUUCUUCUAUGCUUUCUGAACAAUGGAUUUUCUUCCCCUCUAAUAUUGGCCUUUACUUGCUAGUGCUGUUUCUUGGCAACUUACGCUGAAUGCUCUAGAAGAGAGUCAACAAACAACUGGAGGCUAUUCAGAUGAAGACAAAAAGAAACAUAAAGGAAACUUGUGCGUCCUUAUAUAUGAAUCACUUGUUAGCUCUGGGAAUUGUGUAAUUACUUCGGUCUCCUGAUUUCACUGUUCAUAUAUUGUUUCGAUUGUCUGAUUAUUCACAAAGUUGUAAUACGUGAACUCCUUUCAGGAAAUUGAGUUCAUAAAGGAGGGAACAUUUACUUCUGUGGAAUUAGACGCACUUGUGAGUGCAUUGAAACUAGCUGGUGAGAAAACUGAUACGAAAAAAGCAUCAGGACGGAAACCACAGAGAUUCAAGAGAGAGAAGCAAACUGAUGCUCAGGUGGAGAGAAUAAUAUCGUCCCUGGAGGCCAUGGGAGUGCGAGUCUAUGGAAUUGAUGAAGCUUCUGGAUCCUCCUCAAAUGGUACCAUAUCAUGGGAUAACAUUGCAGGCUAUGAACAACAAAAAAGGUGAGAUUAUGUUCUAGCUAUUUUCUUGUUCACAUUCAUUCAUGUAACUUCAUAUGUGUUUAUCUACUUUGAAGUGCAAAAUGUCAUAAAUAAAUUCUUAGGCAAAUGAUUGGAUGCAAUAGAGAAGGUUGUUAGACUGGGCAUUGAAUGUGGGUACGUGGUCCUUAUUUUUUACUUAAGUGCGAUGCUUUUAUUACAUCUUGAGCCAUUUCCGAACCUGGCCAGUUCUUAUGUCUUGUGAAUGAAUUUCCCCCUGUUCUCCUAGAACCGAUGCAAAACAAUAGUCCUUAUGCGACGAUUUAUAAAAUAUGUUGUUUCUAUUUUGAAAGGAGGUUAAAGCUAAUUUUCCAAAAAGCAGACACAAACUAUGUUUGACGUGAAUCACCCUGUCAUUCAAAGAAAACCAAAAGUUCAAUGAUGAGAGGAAGAUGCUCGUCUUCAGUGCAAAGCACUUAAUUUAGUACCAAUCUAAUUACAUGCGAGGUGAUUGACUAUAUACGCAAAUCUCGCACUGAUAUCGAACAUUGAAAUUGUCCUGUCUUUUGGUAAUCUGGUGAAGACAGUACAAGGCAGUUGGGUGAUCUUUAAAGUUUUGAAUGAAAGGGUCCUAUCUUUAAUGAUAUCUGUGCUGAUGAUUUCAGAGUGUUUCAUAGAAUUCUAAACCUUCAUUUGUUUUCUUUCCUUUAGGUGGGCAUAAUAUCUCUGGAGGUAAUUGAUGACCAGUUUCAAUUUUUCUUUGAUAAGUAACAGUUCUUCCAUCGGUCUUUCUGCCUAAGUACAUUUUUAAAACUGUACCAAUGGACUUUAAUAACUUUGGUAUUCAGUCUCUGUUUAAUAUAUGUGAUCCGGUCUAACAUGCCCUUUGGGAAAGAAUAUAUUAAUUUAUCCUUUACAGCCUAGAUAAAUUUUUUUGUUCUAUCACCCUUAGGAGUGUCUUCAAAGCAACUUAUAGAAAGCUAUGUUACUUUUGGUAGGUGUUAAGACUUAAUACUGCCAUAUAUUCGCCAAUUUGUACUUCCUCCAUUGAUGAUCUCACUGACAACUACCAUUGCUUACGCCUCCAAAUUUAUUAAUCCUAGUUUGUAACCCAAAAUUCACUGAGUAAAUUCUCCGGUUUAAAAAUGUCAUCUAAUUGUCUUUAAAUUUAAUUUUCAUGGGAGUUUUAGCAUUCACCGAGUAUAUUUCACUUUCCGACCUGAGUCAAACGGUGGAGAACAGCUUUAUCCACUCACCUUCUUAUUGAAAGUUAUGCUGUAUAUAUAGACUCAAUAGCACAGGUGAGCCCAAAGUGGAUUCAAGACUUGAUAGGUUAGUAGGCCCAAAUAAGAUUCGAGAUUUAAUAGAACGCGGCUAGCUCUAAUGCAGAGAAACAAAGAAAGGAUAACUGAUUCUCAACACUCCCCCUCAAGGAAAGCAUAUCUGAUAUAUGGUUUUUUUUUAAGGCAAAAUUUAAGUGGUCACAUGUGAGCAUUUUGGUGUACCCAUUAACUGGUUGAUUUUCUGAAUGAGUAGGAGGAAUACACAGGUUUCCAAAGUCGAGCUUCUCUUUGAUUAGGUGUUAAUUUAUCUCAAUACGCUUGGUUUUGUUGUGUUGGAAAGGUUUGCUAGCAAAAUUUAUUGUCAUUCAUGUUGGUAUGUUCAGAGCUUCUAUCUUCCAUUUUAGAGUCCUGAUAUGGUCCAACAUAUAAUGUGAUUUAAAAUAAUGACAGAGAAAUAGAGGAUACGAUUCUACAAUCACUGCACAGUCCUCAAGUGUAUGAUGAGAUUGCUUGGGCUACACGUCAGAAGUUUGAGACUAACCGACCUCGAGCUGUGCUCUUUGAAGGUCCUCCAGGUCAGCCUCUUAUGAGAAUAGAUGCAGAUUGUGCUUUGGAAGUAUGCAUAGUUUCCUGUAUAUUUUCUUUACCAUUAAUAAAAGGUGUCAGCUUUGUAAUUCUUACAUAAAUAUUUAUAGUUUUCUUCUUUUUUCUGUACCAUGCAUAUUGCCCACAAGUCACUCUGAAAUCCGACGUACAGCUGGUUCUAUUUAAGGUUUACGCUGCUAACCCAUGAUUGUUAUUCAGAAACUGAUACUGUUGGAUGUUGUGGAUUGUAAAACAUGUGUUUUUCCUGUUUGAGUAUGAUGGAAAAUGUUUCCUGUGUUUGGCCUAUUACUGAGAAAACCAUUGUCAAAGUAGGCUGUUGGAUUAAAGACAUUUACCCAAUGCUUUCGUUUUGGAAAUAACCAAAAAUAUCGAAAUUUACUCUCUUUAUUCUGAAGAAUGUGAAAGAUUUUUGGCCCUAAGUGUCCAGGCCAUAUGACCAAGUUCAGUGCCUGUUAAGCGCUUGAGACUCUAGUUUCUGAUAAUAAUGCUAUGUACAAUGGUCCAAAACAUUUUCACUAAAUAUGUUGUUUAUUUCAUGUGGAUCUUAGGUACUGAGGUUUCUGGAUAGUAUCACAUGAUAAUGCAAAUAUAAAAUGAAGUGUGUCUUGGAGACCUUGGUACCAAUAGCAAUAUUAAUAUCUUGACAACCACACAAUUUUCAAUUUCAGGAACAGGGAAAACUUCAUGUGCUCGGGUUAUUGCAAAUCAAGCUGUGAGUCAUAUAUUCCCGUUUCGUUUGUUCUGUGCGUAAAAACAUAGUGACAGAAACAUUUCAAAUUUAGAUACAUGAAGCUGUAAUCAAUAUUACAUUUGCCUAAAGUGUUGAAAUAUGUAAAGAAUGACUUUGACUGGAUUGAAGUUAUUUUGUGCUGGGUAGUAAAAUAUUCAACUGACUCUUAUGAAUGUAUUUCCUCUUUAGUUAAAAAUUCCUUAUUUAUUUUGUAUGUGCUUUCAUGUUAUUAUUACCAACUGAAUGUGAACUAAAUGAAGUCUACGGUGCUUAUGUUUUAAUAUCAUGCACUUGGAAUUAAGAGCCACACAAAGUCUUAUAAAUUUGUUUCUUCCAUUUGUAAAACUGUGCUCUCUAUUCUUCUCCUGCAUAAUCUUUAUCAUCAUCCAAAUCUAACCUAAAUGGGAUCAAGGGUGCGCAAUAUGUUGUGCCCAUCCUCUUGAUCUCAUUCUUUGUUAAGAUUAAGGUUGUCAUUUAACUUUAUUUUAUUCUUCUCCUCUUACGUCCACACAUAGUUACAUGUUUCUAUGAUACUUUGUUGGCUUACAACAGUUUGGCAUGAUUUAUUUUUAUCAUUUUUCCUUUUAUUUAUUUAGUGUCUUUGGCUUAUGGAGGUUUAACUAUAGACAACUAGAAUCUUCUUGAAAAUUGGUAUCACGUGGAGAAGGCUUUUUCUAUCUGACGAUGAAUCUUUUCUGUCUGUUCAUGCAUCAAGUAGACUAUUUGGAUUGGUCGAUUUACAACACAAUAUAAGAUCAUGUUCAAUUUUGAAGCUACCAUCAAAUGACGGUUGACAUGUAUUAUGAAAUAGAAUUUGUUCAAUGAAGGAAUUUUGGGUAAAUAUACAUCUUGUUUACGUUUGGGCGUUAUUUGGUUCAACUUGAGAGUCUACUUGUGCGGCUUGCGAUCUUAUUUCAGUAGAGAAUGGCAUUGUCUUCAAUCAAGUUGAAAUUCUGGUUCAAUCAUAAACUCACUGGUGGUUCAAUAUAUAAAUAUAUACUUAUAUUAGAAUUUCUUAAAUAAUGCAUGUUUCUUUGAAUGACAUAAUUUAUACAUUUCCACAUGUUAACAUGAUUUUUUAGUGAAAUUUUCCAAAUCACAUAUUCCCAAACAGUUUUAUUUUACUUAUAAUCGUUGUGGGUGACUUGUCUAAUGUUUUUCGUGUCUAGUUUUACUGACGGCUACCAAAUAAUGUUAUAGAUGGUUAUGAGUUUUGUAUUGAACUCAAAUACUCCAAUCUCAAGCUAUCUAUUUCAUCUAGCGCUAGAUGAUUUCCCGCUCCACGUGCACACAGGCAAUGCUUGAUGUCUAAAACACUUGCCUUUCCAUGAAAAAUAUGAGAAAAUUAAUAAUAUAUAAAUAACCUUAGAGAGCACUAUCUAGCCAUGGUUUUUGUUUUAAGGGGAAUAAUUAUUGAGCUGUGUUAUCACUUUGUGAAUAUAUUUAAAUGUAGCAGCACAUGUUUUUUUGUUAUUUCUCAAUCUUUUGACCAGAAAACUACAUGCAUUGGUUCAUUUAGGACUAGGAACUGCCCAUUGACCAUAGGUCAGUGGACAUUGUUCACGUCACUUGCAAUGAUAGGGGCUAGUAACUGUAGUAUUUACUUAUAUUCUGCUGUGGCUCCUCGUGGUUUUGUUAUUUUCUUAAGGCUUAAUGACAUGUUUAAUUUCCAUCUCUCUUGUUCCAGGGUGUUCCUCUUCUGUAUGUCCCCUUGGAAGUGGUGGUAUCAAAAUAUUAUGGAGAAAGCGAACGCAUGUUGGGAAAUGUUUUCUCUCUAGCUAAUGACCUGCCUGAUGGAGCAAUUAUUUUCUUAGAUGAGGUAUCCAAUAGUGUUUCAGUAUCAUCUACUUAGAACUAUUCCUUCAAUAUCCUUUUAUUUAAUGUUUAUUUUUACUCAUUUUUUAGAUUGAUUCGUUUGCUGCUUCUCGAGAUAGUGAAAUUCAUGAAGCAACUCGUAGAAUGCUAUCUGUUCUAUUGCGUCAGGUAAAGCAUUUUAAGAUUGUAAAAAUGGUACCCAAAUUUUCCUAGCUUCUUCUGGAUUGAAAAUUUGCCAAACUAGUCAGUUAAUGUCUUUGACUUGGCAAAAAGUUAUCUAUGCUGCUCAUCGUUUUUGUUUGGAAUGCACGAUUGAUUUUCAAAAAAAAAUUCAUAUAACGUUUCCUGUGCCUGGGUGUUUUCGUUUUGCUUUUGUUUUAUACACUAAUAUUCCACUUUAGAAAUUUCUGAAUCGUGUAUUGAUAAUGAAGUGGAUGCCUAGACGCUGAUGAAUUUAAGAAUUGUUACACUGCAUUCUUCCUACUCCUCUGUAGAACUUAUCCUGUCUUUUAUUAAGUGGAUAGGCACAUAGAGAAAGAAAAAACAAUUAUCAAUGAAUAAAUUUAUUUUUUUGUUGCGACUUUCGUAUACACCUCUUUUUCUUAUUAAACGGUGAUUUUCUUGAAUGUGCCGGUAAUUUCAAGCUGUUUUCCCUCGAUUUGUAGAUUGAUGGAUUUGAGCAGGAGAAGAGAGUGAUUGUGAUUGCUGCGACUAACAGAAAGCAAGAUCUUGAUCCUGCUCUCAUCAGGUUCUCCUUUGCCUACUUUUUCGAUUUUACUUGUGAAAAUCUUAUGAAUUAAGCUGAUCCUGCAUUUCUCUACUAGUCGCUUCGACACCAUGAUUCCGUUUUUCCUCCCUGAUCAACACAAUCGUGAGAAAAUAGCAUCUCAAUAUGCAAAGCAUUUAAAGGUUUCGGAGCUAGCACAGCUUUCUGAAGCUACUGAGGGGUGAGCACUCAUAUCAUUCAGUUUGAUUUUUCAUUCAGUUUCUGGUACUCUUAAGCCACAUAUCAUUUGAACAGAUUUGUUAGAAUUCGCCGUUUCAUUAGCUUGUGGAAGGAGUACUUCGCUUUUUUUCCCUUCUGUGUUUGAUUCUGCAUGGUACGUAUUCUUAAUAAACUCGUUAUUAAACUUCGAUCAGGAUAUUAUAAAAAUUGGCCCCAAUUUCAACACAAUGUCUGGCAAGUCGGAAUUGGGGUUUUCCGAAUUAAGGAUAGCGGAGCAUUGCCUUGAUAUCCAUUUAUUCAUCGUAAUUAGAUGGAUAAAACCCACUUAUAAUAUUUUCAAUUAAUUUUUGAUGGUCAAUGAUCUGUAAAGUCAUCUUUAAUAUGUACAUGUACGUACGCAAGGCAAGAGAGAACUUACUCUCUAAAGGAUCUGGAUAGGAAGCUGUAGUCCUCGAUUUCUAGAGUGCAAUUAAAUCUUCCUUGAAGUUCAUAUGAAAUAUGGGUUGAAACACCCGUGAAUCUGUCAUUCUCUAUUAAAUGAGCUGAUUUCAGGACAGACUGGUCCUUUUAUUGUCUUCUUUCUGGAAGCUGGAGAACGGAAACUACGAUUUGCUGCAGCUGCCAAGUGGGAAAAUGCGUAGCAGCUCCAACAAGAGAACUGGGGGAAAGAGAACCCAAGAAAAAGUUGAAGAGCGGGAGAAAAAGAACGAAAUAAUUGAACGUACUCUUUCUGCAGUCCGCAACCUAUUGUUUUCUGUCUGCUACCAUCUGCUUGUGCUGGCUGCAGUCAUCUUCCCCUGUGGAAAUCUUCCCUUUCCUCACUCUGCUCCCACCAAGUUGGGUGUUGGACUGAGUGGAAGUGAGUAGAAAAGCAAAAGGAGUGAGUUUAUGUAAAAAGACGCUAUUUAUAAUUAAUAGGUAAACAUAAACUCAUGUAUUAGUGUUUAACAUGUCUUCUUUCCUUAAAAAAAAGGGAGUAUCGGCUACCUUUUCUUUACUGCUGUCUCUCAAGUUCAUGAAUGAUAGAGUUAGAUGGUCAGAAUUUAUUUCUAGCUGGUUACAAAGUAGUGCAAUAUGUCAGAAGAAAUUUGAGUUGUGGGUGAAAAAAAAGGUGUUAAGAACUUUCUGUUGUGUGAAGAAAGACAAAAAUGAAGGGAGAAUAGAACUGAAUGAGGUGAUAUUCCUUCAGUGGUCCAUAUAUAUAUAUAUAUAUAUAUAUAUAUGCAUGUAUACUUCUUCAUAUUGUCCAUAUUGACCUUCCCCACAUCAAUAGGGAUGUCUAUUUCACGAUUAGCCACUAAUAUCUUUUUCCCAGCACCACGCCUGGGAAAUUCAAAACUUAACUGUGGCGAGCGUGAUUUGACUCUUUUGAAUUAUGAUUUUCUUUCUUUCUUUUGUUUUAGGCUGUUAAUCCUCUAUAUUCAUAAUGUCCUCUGCAACAACACGUUUGAUAAGAUAUCCCAGGCCUUCCUAUUGAGCUCUACUAGCAUUUUAGCAGCCAUAUGUUGACUGGUUUAUUUUCAAACCUUUGAUAUGUUGAAGCUCUUUUAGCAUUUUGGCUCAUCUGUCAUUGACUCUUGAUUACUGCUCUUUCUCAAGCCAUCAUUGUCGUCAAAACUGAUUCAUCCUCCAACCACUGAUUAUUCCUAUUUUUAGAAUGUCUGGAAGAGACAUCAGGGACGUCUGCCAGCAGGCAGAGCGCCGCUGGGCGUCAAAGGUGUGGUCCGACCGCUGUUUCCUCGUUUUUUAUCCUCUCCGCUGGUCUAGAUACUCACUGAUGCUCUUUUGACUGAAUGCCCAUGAUACAGUUGAUCAGAGGCCAGGCAGCCAGUGACGCUGCGGAUAUUCAUCUGCCCCCACUCGAGGAGUACGUCAAGUGCGCCGAAGUCCGCCAGAGAACGCUCCAAGAAUUAUCAGAGGAGAGGAAGAGGACGUCAUCCUCUUAUUCUGCUAGGGACCGAGGCCUUCUGGGCAUCGUCUGA